AAGUCCCCAACAUGUAAAAACUAGUUUUGCUUAUUGUUUUCUCACAUGUUUGAGCUUUACUGUGCAGAAUGAUUUUUGUAAAGAGUUUGACACUAGAUGGCUGUUUUUAAAUUAAUCUGCUGAAGAAGGGAAAGGUUCUUUACCUAAGAACACCUUACCAGGACAGAUCUGGACAAUUUUAUACCAAUAUGCAGACAGAGUUAGUUGAGUGCCAAUUGCAUUGCUGUGAAAGGAAAAGCCAUGUGAGUGAAUAACUGAGCCAAAUGACGUGGUGUAAAGAGAAACGUUGAAUGGACCCAGAAGUGAACCCUGCGGUACUCCAGUAUUGAGUUUGCAAGGUUCAGACACAGAUUAUCUCCAAGUUACCCUGUAAGUGCGGUCCUUAGAAUGAAGUGGAAGAAGGGAGACAGGUCUGUAAUGCUUUACAUCAGAGGGGUUGAGUGUGUUUUUUAAAGAGGUUUGGUAAUUUACAAACAUUCUUCCCUUAAACAUUUUAAUGUGUAUUUCAACUGUUUCAUUCACAGAAAAUGUGGCCUUGCGUGGAAAAGCGACCCAGUCAGACCGUCUUGACCACGCAUUUGGAGCUGCCUACAAUGCUAUUGAUGGAAAUCGUGAUCCUACCUUCAAUGGUGGUUCAUGCACCCGGACUGAUGAACAGACCAACCCCUGGUGGAGAGUGGACCUGCUGGAGUCCUACAUCGUCACCUCCAUCAUCAUCACCAACAGAGGAGACUGCUGUCCAGAAAGGCUCAACGGGGCAGAGAUUCACAUCGGCAACUCUUUACAAGACCAUGGUGCUGCAAACCCAGUGGUUGGUGUAGUUUCUCAUAUUCCAGCAGGCAGGUCUUUAAAUAUGACUUUUACCAGACUUGUGGAGGGACGUCAUGUGACUGUGGUUCUGCCUGGUUUAAAAAGGAUUCUUACACUCUGUGAAGUGGAAGUCUACGGGUACCGUGCCCCAACUGGUGAGGAAUGAAUAUGUGGCUGA